UUUAGCCGCCAUUUUGAACUAAAUUCAAAAAGUUUGAUGUACAAAAAAUGCUAAAACAUUAUUAUUUACUGUUACCAGUAUCAGUUUUCGAAGAGCUUAUUGUGUUAUUUUAUGAUAUUGUUGAAAAUGGCUGUUUUUAAUUUGUUAUAUAUAUUUUUUCAAUAUAUUGGAUCCGAAUUCCUCACAUUUGUUUUGAUUGACGUUUUAGCGAAAUCUCGGCUUCGAGAGGCUGCGAAUGAUCAGGAAAAGCGAUCAAUCUGGUUGUAUGAAUCAGUUUGCUUGAGCAUAAUAUGCAUUUUGAUUUACCUGUUUCACCAUGUUCCAUAUCUUCUUAUUAUUUUUACAAGUAUUACAUUUGUAUAUACACAAGUGUUUGGGCGUACUGAUUUAACAAAUGCUUUUGCCAAUCUUCGUUCUCAUUGGGAAAAUCAUUUACAACAUGAAGAGAGCAUGAAACAGAUAGAACGUCAGAAACAGCAACAGCAGCAAUUGCAACAGCAAGCUCUAGGACUUGCUGGUGUAAAUCAAAAUAAAGCAACAAAUCUGAACAACCAGGUUAUUAAAGGACAUGAGUUAGACUAUGGACAGUUAAAUUUUUUAAGCAAGCAUGCUAAUCUACAAUAUCCACCAAAUGCUACUGUUAUUCCAGGAAAUAAUAGACCAACCUAUUCAAUGGGUCCUUCUUCUGCUUCUUACAGAGAGGCAAUUGAACAAAGUAGUAGAAUGUUAACUUCACAAGCUGGCAGAAGUCGGAACAAUGUAGGUAGUUUCUCAAAUGAAGAUAGCCUUCCUUUUAACCUUAACAGAGGGCAGUACGAUAACAAAUGUUCCCGUUUGCAAGACAAAGAUUCAAAUGAUAAGAAAACUCUCUGGUCAAACACAAAUUUGCAACGGCGAUCUCUUCAUCACUCACAGCAACUUGAUAAGUUGCCUAAAUCUAUGCCCUCAUCAACUUCAAUUAAAAACAAGUUUAUGAAUGUUAUUGGAUUUCGUCCUACAAUUCCAAAACCUGUAGGUUUAGUUAAUAAUGGACAAAACAUGUGCUUUAUUAACUCAGUUGUACAAUGUUUAGCAAGAAGUCCAUUUUUAGUUGAAUGCAUCACAGCUGAUGCUGCUAAAGAAUUAGAAUGCAAUGUGGCUGAAUCAAAUCUAUUGUCUUCAUUAGCAGAACUUUUAGAUAUAUUGACCAUUGAUCCAAGUUGUUCUGAUAAUAAAGCAUUUAAUGCUACUAGAUUUCGUAAAGCUGUCUCUGGCUUAAAUCCAAGUCUUGUAUCACCACCAGGAGAACAGCUUAAACAACAAGAUGCUGCAGAGUUUCUUAUGUGGCUUCUUGCAACAGUACAUACUAUUCUAAAUAAAAAUAGUCAAGUCCUUGAAUGUGAUCCUGCCAGUAUUACAAAUGAUGAUAGAUUUUCAAGUCCAAGGUUGACUAACCUAAAACUAAUAUAUGGUGAUCUUAAUACCAAUCGUAUUAAUGAAUUGAAAGACCAGUGCAGAAGAGAGAUAGCUGUGGCUAAUGGCUUAGAAAAUGAAUCUUAUGCUGAGGCUAUCCAGAGGUUAUCUGAUUUAGAAUGGUUAACUCAUAAACAAGCCAAUGACACUGUGAUUGAUAAUUUGUUUACUGGCCAGCUAGUUGAGGCUUACCACAAUGUUCAACAUGGCCACAUUUCUGUAAAUCUACAAGCCUUUAAUGUUCUGCCUGUUCCAAUAGCUUCACCAAGAUAUUCAUCUGGUCCAGUGUUUCUUGAGGAUUGCUUUACCAGUUUCUGCAACAUUGAGAACCUUCCAGAAAGUUCUGAACUUAAUGGUGAUGAUGACAUUCCUGUAUCUCAAAAUACUCAGCUAUCAUCAGAACUUCAUCACUAUAAAAAUGGUGGUAAAGAUGCAUUAGUUGCUACACCUGUUUCUAGAAAGCUUGUUAAUCAAGAACUACAGGUAAAGGCAACAACAUACAUGCCUUCACCUAUUCAGUUAUCAGUUUCCCCUUCUUCUGCAUCAUCAUUACAUUUAACUGCAACUACAAUACCCCAGAACUAUCCACUGUCUCCACCUACAGAUUACAGAUACAGUGGUAAUGUAUACUUUGACAACAAUGCAUUUAGAACUUCUACGCCUAUUUUAGGAGAAAAUGCUUUUCUCAGGAAGCAAACAAAAUUACAGCGGCGCUGUUUGCUUAGACAAUUGCCGGAGUGUCUCAUAGUUCAGUUAAUGAGAUUCAAAUAUGAUCCAAUAGAACAGGCCCCAACAAAGAUCACCACAUCUGUAAACAUUCGUCUGCACAAUUUAAAUUUGAAAGAGGUAAUAUAUGACACUGUGACUCAUAGAAGUGAUUUAACUGCUUCUACAGGAAGUAAUAUUUAUCAACUAUAUGGGUUAUGUUUACAUUUGGGAGCUAGUAGUACAUCAUAUGGUCAUUACAUUAACUACUGCCUUGAUGGUGUCAAAUGGUUUCGUAUGGAUGAUCAGACUGUAACUGAAGUAAACAUGGAAUAUCAGCUGAAUUCAGAAGAGAUUCGACAAAAUGCAUAUUUACUGUUUUAUCGAAGAGUAAAUUCAGAUGGUUCUUAAUAUAUUGUUUUAGUAUAUAAUGUUUGUUUUUAGUAUAUAAACGGUGCUGAUUUCAGUAAAAGGGGUGAGAUUUUGAGAUGAGCUGUAAAUUCUUAUAUAUACUUAUUAGAAUAAAGUUGUAAAUUAAAGCCAGAAUAUAUAGAGGGAUUGUGAGAAAACUUAUCUUUUGAAAUGAUUAUAAAGGGCUUAAAUGUAAUGCACUGUUUCAAGCAUUACAGCUUUUUUAAUAUCACAAGAUAUACUUUUGUAGAUGUAGAAAUGCUGAAAUUAGUUUAGUUGGUUAUAAAGACAAAUAAAAAAUAUUAAAUUGACUCCAUCCUCAAAACCAUUGAAUUGUUAACAUCUAUCACUUAAAGAGUAACAUCAGGAUUUUUUGAAAACAUCAUUUAGACCAGUAAAUGGAAGCUAAACCACUGACUUACUAAAUAGGCUUUUUAAAUGAUGUAAAAAUGAUUUUUAUUACAGCAAACAGAACUGCAAUUUUUUUGACCUGUCAAUUUUCAAAUAAAUAUAGAUCCUCAAUAACUGCCACUAACCUUAUUAAAAAAUAUUAAUUGUUUAAAAUUGUAUUGUUUUAUAUUGAUGUUUCUGUCUAGUGUAAAGUUUGGGAUUGCUGUGGUCAUGUGAUGUAUUGCUUAUUUAACCUUCUAAAUAAGCUUCCUGACUUUUAUUUUUUUGUCAGUUAGAAGUUUUUUUUUUUUUUUACAAGCUUUUACAUAGGUCACACGGUGGUUUGCCUGUAAGUAAAUUUAGAAGCUCACUUUUGACCUACUUCUUUUGAAGCAAUUUUAUUAAAACUUACUUGAUCAAUACCUUAUGUUGACAACUAGAAAAUCUCAUUUUAAACCAUACAUAGUUAUUUAAUUAGUCAUAAAAAUUAAUUUAAGAUUAAUCUAUUCUCUAACAUAAAGGAAGAUAAGUACUGUGGUACCAAAAAAAAACAAAUUUAAUUUGUUCGAUUAACCCUCCUCAUAUGUAUAUCUUGUAUUUAUAAGAUAUCCUCAAUUGAAAUAAAUUGAAAUACCAUUAUUUCAUUCUGUCUAGCCACCAAAAUGUGACCCUAUGUAUUAUUUGUUACACUUUUAAAAAUAAGAUGAGUGUAAUAUAAUAAUACAUAUAAUAAAUUUGUCAAAU